AUGCUCUCAGGCCGCAUGAAGCGAAGUCUGUCCUGGCUCUCAGACCAUGCCUCUGAUGAGCAAACCCAUCCAAAGGGCGUACUGGAAAUGGACAAGGCAGAAAAUUGGCUUGUCCGACCAGAUAUACUUCCUAUAAUCAAAGAGGCAGUGUCAUUGAACCUGAAAAAGCAGGAUCUCUCAUAUUCUCAAGGGCUAGGUGGCCCUCCAGAGCUUCUAAAUGCGUCCGCGUCAUUUUUCAAUCGCUUCUUCACUCCUCACGUCGCUGUUUUACCCGAGCACAUUGUUACAAGCACAGGGUGUGCAUCGAUUCUUGAGACGCUUAUCUUCUCGAUUUGCGAUGCUGGAGAUGGUUUACUACUAGAGACACCCAUGUGGGAUGGGUUUGCGGUCACAUCAAUGCUGAGAAAUAACGUCCAAAUAUUUCCCGUGAAGUACUCGACACGACCAACAAAUGCAGCGGAUCUUAUACGGCACUAUAGUGAAGCGAUGAAAAAUGCAACAUGUCCAAUUCGGGGCCUCAUCGUUUGCAAUCCCCACAAUCCUCUCGGUCAGAUUUACCCUACCAUAUGGUUAGAGGCGCUGCUUCAAUUCUGCGAAGGUCACAAUAUACACUUCAUCUCGGACGAAAUAUAUGCCCUUUCAAAUUUUGGGGAGAUUGCGAUGAGAUAUAGUCUGGACGUCAGCAACCCCGACGUUAUGAUUGGGCUGGAAACGAAAUUCACAUCGGUCUUGGCAAUAGACUUAAAGCGACUUAAGGUCGAUCAUGCUCGUGUCCAUAUAGCUUACAGCAUCAGCAAGGAUCUGGGUAGUAGUGGAGUUCGACUGGGGUAUCUCGUUACACAGUCGAAUCCUAGGCUUCGCCAUACACUAGCAGUCCUUAACAGAUUCAAGGUGUGUAAUGUAGCAUCGAUAGCCGUUGCGUCUCUCUUCUCGAAUCUUCACACACUUGAAAGUAUACUGGUCCGUGGCAAAUCUCGCCUACGCAUAGCGGCGGAGAUGGUAGGGAAUUUCAUGUUAUUCCAUAAGAUUGCAUUUUAUUCUCCAGUUGCUGGAUGCUUCAUGUGGGUGCGGAUUGGGGGCGAGUUAGCAACAAAGGAAACUGACGCAGCGCUUUUUGAAAAGUUUGAAGCGGCAGGUGUGGCCGUUGCUGCUGGUUCUAAGUUCAACGGCGGAGAACCGGGCUGGUUUAGACUCACAUUUGCUCUACCCCGGGAUAAUCUGAUCGAGGGACUACGACGAAUCGAGAUUGCAAUGGAGGCAAACCGACAUUGGAUACCAGAGAAAAGCCAAUUGUGA